UAAUUUAUCAUGAAUUCUGUGUAAUUAAACCUAAAAAAAAAUCACAGUUUUUUUGUAUAUUUUAAUGUUUUUUUUAUUAAAAUGUUGAGUUUUAGAACAGUUUUUUGUCACAAAUUUUCUUUGGGGGGCCGCGAAGGAAUGCACCGUACACAAGGGGGGCCACACGCUGAAAAAGUUUGGGAACCACUGUUCUAGAUUAUUUAUAAUGAAAUCAUCAUUGAUACUCCGUGUUUUCGUCGAGGCUGCUCUGUUAAAGCAUAUGCUCAAUGGGUGUAAUCCGCUUUAAUCUGGUGUUUUUACUGUGGCCAUGUUGGCACGUAGGUUUGGAAGAUACGCAAGAGUACUUAAAUGCAGACAAAAUUGUCAGUUGUCGCUCUUAGAUUUCUUUCUAUUAUUACGAUCUUUUGGACAUUUUUAAUUGUUAUUUUGAACAGGUUGUGUUUAGAUUAGAUUAUUGGAUUGAGAGUAGCAGAUUACCAACCUGCAUUUUCAUUACACACAGAAGAGAGACGACUAGAGUCAGCGAUCCAGCUUUUUUAUGUAUCGGGAACAUCAGUAAUUCAGGUAAAAUUUGUUAGUGUAUUUAUAUUUAUGUAACAUUAUUUUGACUAGAAUUGUUGUAAUUCAAAAAGCUGUCAUUCAGUAAGGCAAGAUGACUUAGCGCUGUUUCUCAUUCGGUUGUUCUCUAAUACCAUUUAUUUGUUCAUCUUAAUGAUAUUUGCAUGGUAUUUUCACCUGCAACUACUAUAAGUACUUUUCGGUGAUGCCAGAAAAAGGAAAUUAAGUACUUUGAUGUCUGCACCCAGACUUUUUUAAAUUUGUUUUUUUUUUGUUAAACCCCUCAAAUAAGAUCUUUGGUAAACCCAAGCCCAAGAUAUUUUUACAUUUUAUUCUAUGACAUAACACACCAGUAAUACCCUUGUGAUUUUUAAAGGUGCCGUAGAAUGUAAAACUGUAUUUACCUAAGCAUAGAUGUAUACCGGACUACAAGGCGCGUACCGGAGUAUAAGCCACAUCAUUCAAAAAUGCGUCAUUAUGACGAAAUAACAUUCGCAGUGGACUAUACGUCACGUUUAUUUAGAAAAUUAUUUCACAAAAUCCAAGCUGAAGAACAGACAUUUAAUUUGAAAUGGCAAGUUAUUCAACUAAACAAUAGCAGACAGAACAGCAGGCUGAAUAGAUGUCCGUUAAAGUAAUAUUAUCAGUUAUUUAAAGUUUUUAAACGAUAAACCAUAGCAUACAGAACUUGGAAGGUUGAAUAGUCUAAAUUAACCGAACAAGCCAACUAGCGUGAAGUUCGCAUAUUGGUCAUUUCACAUCACUGAAUCCAUUGAAAUACAUAAAUACAGAAGCAGCAUAUGUCGGACUCUCGCGGCUGUAGACGGUAAUGAUGUCUCUUGCCUCAUAAAUGUCAAAAUUAAUUUAUACUGACUUACAAGGCGCACCUGACUAUUAGACGCAGCACCAGCCAAGUUAUGAAAAAAAAACGCGGCUUAUAGACCGCAAAAUACGAUAAUAUUAUACGAAUCCCUGCUGAAAAAAACAGCAUACCAGCAAGACCAGCAUAUGUUGUGUUUUGGUGCUGGUUUGCUAGUGAACACCAGCUAAACCAGCACCAGCAUUAGCACCAGCUAAACCAGCACCAAACCAGCAUUAGCAUCAGCUAAACCAGCAUUAGCACCAGCAUCCCAAGCUGGUCAUACCAACAUAUGUUGCAUUAACUAUGCAUUGGAGGGUUAUCUUAAUAAUUUUAUUGUUGAGAAGGUCUUCAGCUCCAAGCAAAAAUGUACAGGUCACGGUGCACUGUGAUUGGCUCAUUGCGUUUGGGGCGUGGCUUAGCCAUGGGUCAAUUGAUUAUUCCUCAAAAUCUGUAUCGUCUUCUGAUACAGACUCAAACAUAAGGUCUGAGCUACUGAACUGAACUGCUCUGAGAAACAGCCAAUCAGAGCAGAGCUUAACAUUAUUAUUCAUGAGCCUUCCAAAUAAGGUAAUAAUAGACCGUUUGUAAAUGGACGUGGACAAACAUCUCUAAAUAAUUUUUUAUUUGCACCAUGAAAAUUAGUGAGGUCUCUCAGUUGAAACAGAAAAGUAUUUUUUCUGCUCCAAACACAGAGUACUGACCACAUUACUACUUCCUAUAAGAAAUGUAUUGUACAUUGUAACAAAAUGAAAAAACAAAAUGACUAAACCAAUGAAAACUGCUCCAAGUACAGAUUUGAGACGAAUUAGACGGUAUGUGCACAUUUUUUCAAAAUUUACAUACAGUACAAUUUACAAUACAAUUAUUAAGAUAAAAAACAGCACCCAAACUAAGGUACUUUGAAAACCAAUAUGUUCCUCUAAAGUGCUUUUUAGGUGCAAAGGUGUACUUUUUAAAAUUGUACUGCCCCACUGACAUCUUUUGGAGACUAUUUAAUAAUAACCAUUUGUUCUUAUGGUAAAUCAUGUUUAUUCAGCAUUUAUUCAAUUGUAAUGAAGCUGUCAGUUAACCAGAACUAAAUAAUAGACCAAUCUGAGCAACCAAAUAAAGAGUUGAAGCUAAAAGUCCACAUUAUUAUCAACUUAGGCUCAACACAGAUUCUGCAUCUUUUGGGAGACUGCCACUAAAAAGGCCUUUUAUCUUGAAUGGAGAUGAUGUUUGUGAAAUAAAUGUGAAUGAAUUCCUUUGGUGGCUGGCUUCAUAAGAGUCGGCCUAUAUACCAAAAUCAUUUAUUUUUUGGUAGCCCAAAUAUGCUACUUUUCUUCUUAGGUAUUCAUCAUGCUGACCAGCUUUGUGGAUGGAAUAUUCUGUUGCUUCACAGGAAAGUCGACUAAUGUGGUGGUCCCUAUUGAAUCCUCUGAGCCCACAGAUGGUUUUGAAUUUGUGGAGGUGAAACCAGGAAGAGUUUUAAGGGUUCGACAUAUAAUCCCAGACAGACCAGUUGUUGAGGAGCAAGGAACCGAGGAAGGAGGUUCUGUGACCUGCAAACGUAAAAUAUCCGUGUAUCGGAACGGACAACUUCUGAUUGAGAACGUGAACGAAGCUGCUCAUCCAGAACUGGUCCGGUACCAGAACGGAGACAGCACUGUAGAUACGGACGUUACUGAAAGUGAUGCUCCAGCUGGAGCCCGGAGCACAGAGCCCACACCAGGUCAGGCCGUGGCAGAUGUCAAAUCCGCACCGCAGGUGGAGCGGCCUCAACCGAAGCGCAGACGACGCAAACCCAAACGCUCCAUAGUGAUCGACUGCGAGCGGAAGAUCACGUGCUGCAAGGGUACUCAUCCUGACGUGGCCUUGUUUUUCAUACAUGGGGUUGGGGGGUCACUUGAUAUUUGGGGAAGCCAACUGGAUUACUUUUCCCAACUUGGCUAUGAGGUCAUCGCCCUAGACCUGGUCGGUCACGGUGCAAGUUCAACUCCUCGUAUCCCUGCGGCCUAUACGUUUUACGCUCUGGCUGAAGAUGUUAGGAUUAUAUUUAAGAGAUAUGCAAAGCGAAGAAAUAUUUUAGUAGGACACUCCUAUGGAGUCUCUUUUUGCACCUUCUUGGCUCACGAGUACCCGGAGCAGGUUCACAAGGUUGUGAUGAUAAACGGUGGUGGUCCUACAGCCCUCGAACCAAGUCUCUGCUCGGUCUUCAACUUACCCACAUGUGUCCUUAACUUUCUGUCCCCGUGCCUCACCUGGAGCUUCCUCAUGGCUGGGUUUGCCCAUCAGGGAGCGAGAGAAAAGAAAUUACUGAAAGAGAACAAUGCCUUCAAUGUAUCUUCCUUCGUCCUGCGGUCUAUGAUGAGCGGACAGUACUGGCCAGAAGGCGAUGAGGUGUAUCAUGCUGAACUCACAGUGCCUGUUCUGUUGGUCCACGGGAUGUACGACAAGUUUGUACCGAUACAAGAGGACCAGCGUAUGGCAGAAAUCCUCAUGCUGGGGUUUUUGAAGGUCAUUGAUGAUGGCAGUCACAUGGUCAUGAUGGAGUGCCCCGACACAGUAAAUACUCUCUUACAUGAAUUCUUCCUGUGGCAGCCAGCAACCGCCUCAAAACCCAAACAAGAUGUGGCUGCCACCAAGACCACCAUCACCAAACCUCAGGAGGAUACAGGGAGACCAAUGACCGCUCCUAAGACACCCUCUAAAUCUCAACCAGACUUUAUAAGACCAACAACUGCCCCAAAAACCAGCAGUACUGUGUCAGAGGGCUUAGCAGACAGCAAAUCUAAGAGCAAAAAAUAACCGAUCUAUCCAAUAAAGAUUAUAUUGAAGGUUAGAUAAACUUCUUUUGACUGCAGGCAGGCAAAAUGUACAGGUGUUUUAACCCUCUAAGAUUCACCAGCCUGUCUAAGAAUGUACAGACUGAUGGUACAGCCGAGAGAGAGACGAUUCAUGACAAGAGAUGGGGUUUACAUGAUCAAGUCAAGUCCAAUGCAUUAUACCAUGAUAUGCAAUAAUGAUAUAAAACAAAAUAAACAUCUUCAGAUAUUAUCAGUCUGCAUGGUUUUCAACAUAAAAGUUUUUGCAUUAUUUUAAAGGU